AUGCGGUUCAUUGCUGGCAUACUCGCUCUACUUCCGUUGACAGUUUUUGCUGCAUCGGGAUCUCCCACUUCCACCACCAGCAGUUCACCUUCGCCUAAUCCACACGUGUGUGGGGAUCUUAUUAAUGGUCGCGACUCUCUAGAUGGAGACGGCCUAGUGUUCAACGCGUCCAAAGCCUACGAGUGUCUGACCAGCGUACCCUUCAACCCGGCCGUUGCCAGCCGACUGAUCAAAUACUACAACGAUACUAUUCAGUUUCAGAGUACCCUCGCUUACCUUGCACAUCCACCCCCGACCUACCAGCAGCCGGCAACCGACUUGCUGGCUGGGUUGGCUGAGCUCCAACGCGGGAUUGACCAAGGUGUCUUUGCGGACGAAUAUGAGUUCGAGGCUGCACUGAAUCGGCUGGUAUACUCGGCACAUGAUGGCCAUCUCGGUAUGCUUGGUGGGGUGUUGGAGGUCUUUACCUUUUCAGCGCCGGUCGAUAUCGUUUCCUUGUCGUUGGACGGGAAAGAAUUGCCAAAGGUUUAUAUCGCAGAUGACUGGAUCCUCCACCAAAUUGCCGACCAUCCUCUGUCAUGGCAACCGUCAGCCAUCUCGACCAUCAACGACCAAGAUGUCGUGGAAUAUCUCACUGAGUUCGCCAUCACGAACGCCUUUGGAAAUCUGGAGCCUCACACGGAUUGGAAUGCGCUAAUGAGAAGCGCCGCCUUGGACAGCCAGGGAUAUCUGGAACUAUUCGCGGCGGCCAGCAUCUACCCCGGCGCCACAAUUACUUUCACAUUUGAAAACGGGACCAGGAAUACGAUGGAUUGGCUGUCUCUGUAUUAUACUGCGGAAGAUACCGGGCCCCUCGAGACUGGUGGUGACUUUUAUAACUAUUUUGUGCUGGGUUUUUUACCAGAAUCCUACAACGAAACCGACACCGAGGACGACACGGGAAUAAGUGAUGAAGAAGCGGCAGCAACUGAAACCGAAUCUGCGUCGAGCAGCGUCGUUCCUCUAUCGACGCCAACUGCAGACCUGGAGCCGUCCAAGGGUCCCCAGCUCUACUCCCCUCCCUACCCCCCUAGCACUGAUAUAUACAUGGUUGAUGAUGAUGAUGAGAAUGGAAUGCUUUUGCGUGGAUACUUCCUCAACGAAUCCUCAUUAGCCGUCCUGGCCAUUCCCUCCUUCUCGUAUUAUGGGAAAGAUGCCCAGAAAUUUAGCGACGCAGUGAAACGGUUCAUAAGGCGCAGCCGGGACAUAGGGCUAAAGAAAGUCAUCAUUGACGUGCAACAGAACGCCGGUGGGGAAACGCUACUUGCGAUUGAAACCUUCAAAUUGUUCUUCCCUUAUCGUGAGCCGUUCGCAGGAAGCCGUCGGCGUGCCCAUCCCAUGGCCGACGUAAUGGGGUCUACCAUCACAGACUACUGGAAUGAUAAUCUCACCUCAGGAGAUGAUGGCUAUACCUGGCUAUCCACAAAUGAAUGGGUUGUCACUGGUCGCAUUGACGCUGAAACUUCCGAAAAUUUUACCUCGUGGCAGGACUAUUUCGGACCAGUCAGUAGCUAUCAUGGGGAUGACUUUACCAAAACGGAGAAAUACAACCUAACCAGCCAGAUCUUCGACCUUGAGGCAAUUGGUCUGCUGGUAGAUGGCUGGGAAAGCCCUCGGCGGCCAGUUUUCGCGGCCGAAGACAUCAUAAUCUUCGGUGAUGGUAUAUGCGGCUCAGCAUGUGCUCUCUUCAUGGAAAUGAUGCACCACGAAGCCGGCGUGCGCACGGUAGUUGCAGGAGGCCGGCCCAACUACGGGCCCAUGCAAUCACCAGCAGGCACUCGCGGCGCAUUAGUGUAUAGCUCACUAGACGAGGACAUCAACUUGGCGAUUCGUAUGAAUCCGUCUCUACAAGGCCAACUACCUAACCGAACACUCGAUUUCUUCCUCUCCUACAUAAGCGUGAAUCUCCGGGACCAGGUCCGCGAGCAAGACAGAGAGAGGAUGCCACUGCAGUUCCUCUACGAGCCGGCAGACUGCCGUAUAUUCUACACCCCGCAAACUUGGUACAACUUUACUAACUUGUGGAACUACGCCGCCGAUGCCAUAUGGCGGAAUCCUGCCCUCUGCGUGCUGAAUUCCACAUCUAGCUCUGGACAACAGCCCCCCGCGCCGCCGCCGCCACUAAAACAUCUUGAUAUUGUCAACUUGACAGAAACUUCAGCAGCAGCAGAUGUAGAUAAUUCCCCCGCCACUUCCUCAUCAAUCGACAUCAACGACACCUCAAACGAUUUGCUCGGCUUCCCGGGAAAGCGCAAGUCACCCGCAGGCAAGCCCUGCACAUCCGACAGCGACUGCAAGACCGGUGGGAAUUUCAGGUGUAAAGAAAUGCAAGGAUGCAAGGAUGGGGAACCAACGACGUUCUCCCAAUGCGUCCAGGUCUGCAAGGUGGGACUCAGGCAGGGUGGCUGUGAAUGCAUGGGGGUGAGAGCAAACAUUAACCGCAGGAUCCCAGCCGAACGUUUCUCGAACGGCGGUUAUUGUCGGCCGAAUCUUGAUGCUUGUACCGAUAAAUCGUACAAUUACUACAGCAGGGCUUGGAAGCGGUAG